GUUCCCCGAUCCCAGGCCCGGGGGCAGGCUCGCGCUGGCGCUCGUUCCCGGGGUCCCUGUCCCGCGGGCUUGGCGGUGGCGGCUGCGCGCGCGUGCUGGCCUGCCGGGUCCCCGCCCCCAGACGCUCCGGGCUCCCGGGCCACAGCUGCCAUGUGCUCCUUAGCGCCGGGCGCUACCGGCGGCCGGGGCGCUGUGGAGGAUGAGGACAUGCCAGAACUGUCGGACAGCGGUGACGAGGCCGCCUGGGAGGAUGAGGACGAUGCUGAUUUUCCCCACCACAAGCCGCAGACCCCCUGCCUGUUCUGUAACAGGUUAUUCACAUCUGCUGAAGAAACAUUUUCACACUGUAAGUCUGAGCAUCAAUUCAAUAUUGAUAACAUGGUUCAUAAACAUGGACUUGAGUUUUAUGGAUACAUUAAGCUAAUAAAUUUCAUUAGACUUAAGAAUCCUACAGUUGAGUAUAUGAAUUCCAUAUACAACCCUGUGCCUUGGGAGAAAGAAGAGUAUUUGAAACCAGUAUUAGAAGAUGACCUUUUACUUCAGUUUGAUGUAGAAGAUCUUUAUGAACCAGCAUCAAUUCCAUUUUCAUACCCCAACGGACUCAGUGAAAAUACAUCUAUUGUUGAAAAAUUGAAACAUGCAGAAGCCAGGGCGCUGUCUGCUGAAGCUGCAUUAGCUAGAGCACGGGAGGAUCUUCAGAGAAUGAAACAAUUUGCUCAAGAUUUUGUGAUGAACGCAGAUGUCAAAACCUGCUCGUCAUCCGCUAGUGCCAUCGCAGACCUCCAGGAGGAUGAGGAUGGUGUUUAUUUCGGCUCAUACGGGCAUUAUGGGAUACAUGAAGAAAUGCUAAAGGACAAAGUACGAACAGAAAGCUACCGAGAUUUUAUAUACCAAAAUCCACAUAUCUUUAAAGAUAAGGUAGUUUUGGAUGUUGGAUGUGGAACUGGAAUCCUCUCUAUGUUUGCUGCUAAAGCUGGAGCAAAGAAGGUUCUUGGAGUUGAUCAAUCCGAAAUACUUUACCAGGCAAUGGAUAUCAUAAGACUAAAUAAACUUGAAGAUACUAUUAUACUAAUUAAAGGAAAGAUUGAAGAAGUUCGCCUCCCUGUAGAAAAAGUGGAUGUUAUUAUAUCUGAGUGGAUGGGCUAUUUUCUUCUUUUUGAGUCUAUGUUAGAUUCUGUCCUUUAUGCAAAGAACAAAUACUUGGCAAAAGGAGGAUCGGUCUAUCCUGACAUUUGCACUAUCAGCCUUGUAGCAGUGAGUGAUGUGAAUAAACACGCAGAUAGAAUUACUUUCUGGGAUGAUGUCUAUGGCUUCAACAUGUCCUGCAUGAAGAAAGCAGUUAUUCCAGAAGCUGUUGUAGAAGUUUUGGAUCCAAAGACCCUUGUUUCAGAACCUUGUAGUAUUAAGCAUAUAGAUUGCCAUAAGGCGUCUAUCUCAGAUUUGGAGUUUUCUUCAGAUUUUACUCUGAAUAUCACAAAGACCUCCAUGUGCACGUUCCAGGUUCAUUCAUUCAAGAGACAUGAAAGCAUAUACUCACAGAAAUGCUUCAGAGAAGCAAUUCAGAUGCUCGUCACCUGAACAAUGAUAAACAAAACGUGGUUUAUUUAUACAGUGCAAUACUAUUCAGCCGCAAAAAGAAUGAAGUACUGACGCAUGAUACGAUGUGGAGAAACCUUAAGUACAUCAUGUACGCUAAGUGAAAAGCCAAAUCACAACCAGCCACGUAAUGUAUAAUUUCAUUCAUAUGAAAUGGUCAGAAGCAGUAAAUCUUUAGAUGUAGAAUAGAUGAGAGGAGAAUGAAUACAGAAUUUCUUCUGGGAGAGGCAAAAAUGUUUUCUAGUUAGAUUAUAGUGACGGUUGUACAACUCUAUUA